GAUCAAGCAUGCCGCGACCGUUUUAUUGUUGGCUUGGUGGACGAAACUUUACAAGAAAAGUUGAAUACUAAUGGUCAGCGUGACAAGAAUGGUAACAUUGUGGAGUUCCGUACUGUGGUUGAAAUAGCAAAGAAUUAUGAAUCCUCCACUAACGCUCGAAGGCUUAUGAGGCAAGUCCGUGAAGAUCAAGAGCACGUGAAUUGGACCGAAAAAGCACCCCAUUCAAAGCAAAACAGCACUCGCUCUCAAAGCCAAAGCAAUGGCAAAGAGUCGUCUAGAAAACAGUCUGAGUGUUACUACUAUGGGGCGACACCGAGUCACCCAAAGGAAAAGUGUCGUGCAUUUCUCCUUAAGUAUAAGUGCAGAAAAUGUGGCAAAGAAGGGCAUAUAGCUCGGAAAUGUUUGAGCAAACCUCAGGACGUGAAUGCAUUGGAUGAUUCAGUUUCUGAUGAUGGGCAAGAAACAUAUCAUUUCUUUACUCUGGACACUCACUUUGUGAGAUCGGUAUCUGUACAGAUGGGGAAAAAGUUUUUCGCGGCGAUCAAAUUAUCCGCAGCAAAAAAAUUUUUUACUUGGAAAACUUUGCAAUUAGGUACUGCGUCAACAACCAACACCCUUGCAGUGGAGGACCUCCACUGUGUCCAGCAGGGGUUGAUAUCCAUAGUCUAAUCAAACCCUCCUCUGCCAUCCUGAGUACCUAUGGAGGAGGUGUAAUAAAGCCAGUGGGGCAAAUAGCAUUGGUUUGUGAAACUCAAGAAAAGUUUCACACUCUUCAGUUUCAGCUGUUAAAUAAGGACGUCAUGGGAUCAGAGCCACCUCUUAUAAGUGGAUCUGAUUGUGUUAGAUUAGGCCUGGUUGAGAUAAGAGGAAACACCUGCUCCUUGGAUCGUAACAACCCAAAAGGGGGUGCCUCAGAAGUGUGCCAGCUUAACUCGGGACCUCUGCGCGGAAGAGUGGAGGAAAGUGGACCUCCUGAUCAGGAAGUCAGGCCCACCUCACUGAAUGGUAGUGCAACAGAAGAGAUUAAUUUGACUGAGGAAACCACCAGCACCUCUCCAGUACAUGGCACG